AUGGUUGUCAGUCAGAAACCCAGUCCAGGUUACAAUCAGUACUUCCUUCCCGAAGAGGAUCUCAAGUACCUACCUCCAUACCUUCGCGAUGUCCCCGAAACAACUACGGAGACUCAGUGCACUACUGCGGGCACAUGGCCGUCAUGGCUGAAGGGCACAUUUGUUCGAAUCGGGCCAGAACGUUUUACUGUCCCGUUAUCUGAAGAUGGCUCAAAGCCCAGAGCUAUCAUCCAGCAUUUCUUCGACGGGCUCGGUAUGCUUCAUAAGUUUCGGAUGCUGGAUGGGAAUGUUCACUAUACGAGCCGAUACACAUCUGAGGGGGUUGUGAGGAGGGCCAAACGAGAUGGCUAUCUUUCCACCAACAUCUUUGGUCUAAAUCCAAACACGCCUCUUAAGUAUACGCAAGAUCCGUGUUCGGCACUGCUGGGAGCUCAACAAUCUCUCUAUCUUCCAAACGGGUAUAUGGAGCCUGAUGAGAUAAAUGUAAACGUUGUUCCUCGCCGUGGGAUGCACCUUCCACCAGACGACAAUCCACACUCCAAAGGGCCCGAGGCAAAGGACCCAGCGACCGAAGAGGUCCUGGUCCAGACGGAUUUCAACCUCCUUCAAGUCUGCGAUGCCCGAACCCUUGAGCCAAAGCGGAUGCUCACGUAUGCCCAAAUCGACCCAGAACUUUCUGGCUACGGCAUUUGCUCUCAUCCACCCAAAGAUCGCACCCGGGGUCUAACUUUCAAUUAUUUGAUCGAUCCUGAGAAAGGUAUCAUGUCAGUCUUUGCAUUGAAUAUUGCGUCAAAACCUGCGUCCCUCUUCUGGAAGACGCCACUCCCAUGCAAGCCAUGUUACAUUCAUUCUCUGGCGAUGACAGACAAGUAUGUGGUUUUCAUUAGGAAUCCGGUUCAAAUGGAUGUCAGCGAUACAACGAAGCCGAUGUCAGACAUGCUCCAAUUCGAGCCUAACACUCCGACCCAAUUCUUCGUUUUGAAUAAGAAUGACGGCAGGCACGUCGCGACUUAUGCGCAAAAGGAUGGCUUCAUGUUUUUCCAUUCGGUUAAUGGAUACGACUAUGUUGAUCGUCAAACUGGCGCCGUCAAUAUUCACAUCGACCUUUGCAGUUACGAAGAAACAUAUCCAUCGUACAGCGAGUAUAGUUUGAGCAACAUUGUGGACCCAGCACGGCCUUUCCAGGACGGCACUCUCGUCCGGUACGAGAUGGCCGGCGUGGACAACGCCGAUCCGUCUCGCAUUGGCCGUGUAACAGUCGCCGCGUCAAUACCAGGAAUGGCAUGCGAGCUUCCUCGGAUUGCCAAGGUUGCCUCCAUGGACCCCAAUUAUCGCUACGUCUAUUGCACUGCUGGUAAUGGUGGCCCCUCCCCGGGGACAGCUGUGCCGAUUGGCCGACUCGGGAACGGGCUAAAGGUUGUCCAGGCAGCGUUUUUCGGGAGUUUAGCAAAGUCCGACUGGCAAACUGGAACGUUCAAACGAUGGCAGCCUGAAAACGGAGAGAGCUGCCCUUGUGAGCCAGUCUUCGUGCAAAGACCUGGCGCAACGGACGAGGAUGACGGCAUAGUCCUUACUAUUGUCAUUGACCGGGAAGGAACUCACAGCAUUCUUAUUGGUCUUGAUGGACAGACCUUCGAGGAGGUUGCAAGGGCAGACAUGCCUCAAGUGUAUGCUCUGGGUCCUCAUGGGUCUUUCGUCGAAGGCAAUUUUGGUGUUUAG